UAUGAUUUGUCUAUGGUGGAAAACUGUGAAAUAUAUCUUCUGAAUUGAUGGCAACAUUUGUUUCCAUCAUUGCCUGGAAUAUUUGCUAAAGUAUUUCACAUUCUGUUUGGAGCGGGAGAUAUCUGCAAAGGUGUUUGUAUCAUCUUCAGAUAUUGAUGAAGACCAUAACUGCUGGGAAUAUCAGCAAUAGAAAUAUAUAAAAAAGGAAGCAAAAUUAUAUUUUGUGUUUGUAUACUAUAGAACAAUAAUGAAUCCUCAAGAGAUGACAAAAGAAAGAAAAACGUUAUUAUACCGAUGUGAUAUCUGUAAAAAGACUUAUUGUAAUAAGAGAAAUCUCACUGUUCACAAAUUCAUUCAUGCAGGGGGGAAGCCAUAUCACUGUGAUGUCUGUGGUAAAUCAUUCUCUGAUAAAAGUCACCUUACUAAACACAAUUACAUUCAUACAAGAGCGAAACGGUAUCACUGUGAUAUUUGUGGAAAGUCAUUCUUUCAGAAGGUUCACCUUACUUCUCACAAAUACAGUCAUACAGAAUAUGAGAUGUUAGUGGUAUAAAGGAGUUUUUACAUCAGAUACAUCAUGAAUAUUGAUCAUCAUUUGAAGACUAAUGGAAGAUAUUAUAAAUGAUAUAUAUAACCCUGUUUCUAUUACAAAUCUAUGAAUAUGAGAUGUUAGUGGUAUAAAGGAGUUUUUACAUCAGAUACAUCAUGAAUAUUGAUCAUCACUUGAAGACUAAUGGAAGAUAUCAUAAAUAAUACAUAUAACCACGUUUAUAUAAUUUAUCUAUGGUGAAGAACUGUGAAAAAUUCCAUCUGAAUUAAUAGCAACAUUUGUUUCCAUCAUUGCCUGGAAUUUCCCAUUCAGUCUGAACUUGGAAAAAUCUGCAAAGGUGUUUCUAUUACCUUUAGCUAUUGACAAAGACCAGACUUGUGGAAAAUAUAACUAGAGAAGUAUUUGAAUUAACAAAGGAAUAUAUAAGAAGAACAGGAAAAUAUAUUUUGUGCUUGUAUACUAUAGAACAAUAAUGAAUCCUCAAGAGAUGACAAAAGAAAGAAAAAAGUUAUCACACCAAUGUGAUAUCUGUAAAAAGACUUUUUCUAAUAAGGGAAAUCUCACUGUUCACAAAUUCAUUCAUGCAGGGGGGAAACAAUAUCAUUGUGAUAUUUGUGGUAAAUCAAUCUCUCAGAAAAGUAACCUUACCUCUCACAAAUACAUUCAUACAGGAGAGGAACGGUAUCGCUGUGAUAUUUGUGGAAAGUCAUUCUUUCAGAAGGUUCACCUGACUUCUCACAAAUACAGUCAUACAGGUGAGAAACCAUAUCAAUGUCGUAUUUGUGGUAAAUCAUUCUCUAAAAAAAUUAACCUUACUUCUCACAAAUACAUUCAUACAGGAGACAAACUAUAUCGCUGUGAUAUUUGUGGUAAAUCAUUCUCUCAAACAAAUAGUCUCACUUACCACAAAUUCAGUCAUACAGGGGAGAAACCACAUCCCUGUGAUAUAUGUGGUAUAUCAUUCUCCCAGUUAGGUGACUUAACUAAACACAAAUCCAUUCAUACAGGAGAGAAACCUUAUCACUGUGAUAUCUGUGGAAAGUCAUUCUCCCAGAAAAUACAUCUGACUUCUCACAAAACUGUUCAUACAGGAGAGAAUUCAUAUCACAGUGAUGUCUGUGGUAAAUCAUUCUCUCAUAAAAGUAGCCUUCUUUCUCACAAAGACAUUCACUUAGGAGAGAAACCACAUUACUGUGAUAUCUGUGAUAAAUCAUUCCGCCUGAUAGGUAGCUUAAAAAGACACAAAUACAUUCAUACAAGAGAGAAACCAUAUCGUUGUGAUAUCUGUGGAGAGUCAUUCACUCAGAAGACUAGUCUUACUUCUCAUAAAUACACUCACACAGGAGAGAAACCAUAUGAAUGUGAUAUUUGUGGUAAAUCAUUCUCUCGAAACCGUACCCUUAUGUAUCACAAAUCCAUUAAUACUGGCGAGAAACCAUAUCACUGUGAUAUUUGUGGUGAAUCAUUCUCUCGGAACACUGGCCUUGCUUAUCAUAAAUCCAUUCAUACAGGAGAGAAACCAUAUCAAUGCGAUAUUUGUGGUAAAUCCUUUUCGUUAAAAAGUUAUUUAACAACUCACAAACUUAUUCAUACUAAUGAGAAACCAUAUCAGUGUGAUAUCUGUGGUAAAACGUUCUCAUAAAAGUAACCUUAGUAAUCAUACAUACACUCAUACUGGAGAGAAACUAUAUCCCUGUAACAUUUGUGGUAAAUCAUUCUCUCAAAAAAGUAGCCUUACUUAUCACAAAUACACUCAUACAGGGGAGAAACCACAUCACUGUGAUGUUUGUGGUAACUCAUUCCCUUGUCUGAGCGCUUUAACCUCUCAUAAAUACAUUCACACAGGAGAGCAAUCAUAUCAAUGUAAUAUCUGUAGCACAGCAUUCUCCCGAAAAAGUAGUUUAUCUGUGCACAAACGGACUCAUACAGGAGACAAGCCAUAUCCCUGUGACAUUUGUGGUAAAUCAUUUUUUUUAUCAAAGCAAGUUAACCUCUCAUAAAUACAUUCA